AUGUAUUUCAGUAGAUUAAACGAUACUCUGAUGCUGAAGAGGAGAUGGUUCUCAGUUAAGCCGUUACCGCCAAAGGAGAAGAGACUAAAUCACAUACCUCCAGACCCUAAGGUUACGACUGGAUUUAGAGGGAAUCAUAAUCAUGGAAGGAGGCUCUACGAUCAGGUUUAUCCUACGACAAAGGUUCCAACUGUCUUUUUGCCGCGAUACCCGCUCGACUGGCGUAAUGCCGGCAGGUUCAUUUUAACAUCUGGAAUGGGAAGAAUCGAAGGCAGAAGAUUGUAUAGGCAUCCUCAUUCUCUGAAUUAUCAAACUUCAUCUCACUGUGGAGACAGGUGUGCAAGUGUUUGCUCAAAGUCUCAAUUCAAGUGCUUAUGUUCGCUGAGGUCAAAUGACUUAAACGAACAUAUCGCAAAUGUCGACUCUAUGUUGACAUCGUACAAGGCUCCAGUUGAUACUAAUAAGCAAGUAUUCUCAGUUUUAAACUAUGUGCCUAAGAAGAGCUCAUUCAUAUCAAAUAAACUCUUGAAACUUGAUUCUUCAAAUAGGUACAAGUUGCUAAAGAAAACGUAUAAAUUUACUGUUUUCAACGACAGGGACCAAGUUUCAACAUCUAAUUACGACAACCUAUUGCCUCAAACACCAAGUUACAGCAUUUUUGAUGUAAAACAAUAA